CAAACUACAUGAGAUUAAAACCCUUUAUUCUUUGUAUCUCAAAACAUUGUUCUUCCUUUGAAUCCACUUCAUCAAAAUUUACCUAACAAUCUCACUGAUUUCGACCACUACACUUCACCUUCCAUAUUAUUUCUUCUUUUUUUCUUGAAUCUUUCAGUUAGCAUUAUUGUCUUUGCUGCUAUAUUUUCAUGCACACAACAUUACUCCCAUUUCCAACUUAAACAUUCAAUAAUGGUGGAGACUCUAACGCUAACGCCGUCGUCUUCAUGGCGGUGGACUCAAUUCCACCACCCACGUCGAUGGAUCCCUUCACUAUUCUCCAACCAAAAAACCCUUUUCACUGCUCUUUGGAUCGUCUUUAUAUUUUCUGUUUUAUAUUGGCAAAGGGAUGUUACUACCGGACUCUUGUUUUUCCGGCGGGAUUUUCCGGUAAAGCAGAUGCCUAAGCUCCGUCCGAUGGCUUUUAACUUAACGGAUUUUGGCGGGGUUGGUGACGGCGUUACAUUGAAUACGGCAGCGUUUGAGAGGGCAGUGUUAGCUAUUUCUAAACUUGGUAAGAAAGGUGGGGGGCAGCUUAAUGUGCCACCUGGCUAUUGGUUAACGGCGCCGUUUAAUUUAACCAGUCAUAUGACUCUGUUCCUUGCUGAAGGUGCUGUUAUAUUGGGUAUUGAUGAUGAGAAGUACUGGCCUCUCAUGCCUCCCUUGCCUUCAUAUGGAUAUGGGCGAGAGCAUAUUGGACCACGCUAUGGGAGUUUAAUACAUGGCCAAAAUCUCAGAGAUGUUGUAAUCACAGGGCAUAAUGGUACCAUUAACGGGCAGGGUCAAACAUGGUGGAAGAAGUACAAACAAAGGCUUCUUAACAACACCAGAGGGCCGCUUGUCCAGAUUAUGUGGUCUAGUGACAUAGUGAUCUCUAAUAUAACAUUACGUGAUUCUCCAUUUUGGACGCUCCAUCCAUACGACUGCAAGAAUGUAACAAUCAAGAAUGUCACAAUUUUGGCACCCAUCUUUCAUGCUCCAAAUACUGAUGGCAUAGAUCCAGAUUCAUGUGAAGAUAUGUUGAUCGAGAACUGUUACAUCAGUGUUGGUGAUGAUGGCAUUGCGAUAAAGAGUGGUUGGGAUCAGUACGGAAUUUCCUAUGGACGCCCUUCAACAAAUAUAGUCAUCCGAAAUCUUGUCGUUCGUUCAAUGGUCAGUGCGGGCAUAUCGAUAGGAAGUGAGAUGUCUGGUGGGGUAUCAAAUGUCACUGUGGAAAACGUCCAUGUCUGGAACUCAAGGCGUGCUGUUCGCAUCAAAACAGCAGCUGGUAGAGGAGGAUACGUACGACACAUAGCAUACAGGAAUUUGACAUUUGAAAAUGUUAGGGUGGGAAUUGUCAUCAAAACAGAUUACAAUGAACAUCCUGAUGGGGAGUUUGAUCCCAAAGCCGUACCAGUACUAGAGGACAUAAGCUACGUAUCAGUACACGGUGAGGGAGUUCGUGUGCCCGUGCGUAUCCAUGGAAAUUCAGAAAUUCCAGUGAAGAACGUGACUUUCACAGAUAUGUCGAUUGGGAUAACAUACAAGAAGAAGCACAUAUUCCAGUGUGCAUAUGUUCAAGGUCGUGUUAUAGGUACUGUCUUCCCCGCCCCUUGUGAGAACCUUGACCUAUAUGACGAGCAAGGACAUCUGAUACGACGUUCUGAUUCUCAGAAUGCAUCGGACAUAGAUUACGACUUCUGAAACAGUUUCCGAUAUCCCCUGUUUCCAGGGACAAUUUUCCCAGUGGCCAACCUUUGUUACUAUUUCUUGCCUAGCCAUUUUCUAGUUUUUCUUUUUCUAUACCUGUAACUUUCCUCUUUCCCUCUCUUUGUACAUAAAAAAGAAUGAUUCCUUAUGUAUCCAAAUUUCCAACAGCCAUUCAGUUGUAUGUAAUGUGGAAAACAGCUUGAAGUUUUUUGCACUGUUUCAAACUUUUUAUGCCUUAGAUUAGUUGCUUGGUAUAUAGGAUGACAAUGAUUGUGUAUUA